CGACCUCGAAUAUCACGCCCAAGGAACUUCACGCGCUCACUGUCCUUUAAAACAUACCGCACAUAGCAGCAUAUAUCGUCUCUCUAAAAGAUCAUGAAGUUCAUUCCCUCGACAGCAAGUAUCUCCUUCGCCUCCAUGGCGGGCCUUCUCAGCAUGCUCUCAUUUGCCCGCGCAGAUCGUGUGUUCUGGACCCUCCCCGCGAACAACAGCGUUGCUUACCCAGGCUGUGAUUUGGAGCUGGGGUUCAGGGUGCAGUAUUCGGAUAUAGCGAUGUUGAGCUAUGUUCAGUUACAGGUUCUAGAUUUCCAGGAUAACAUCGUGAUCGAGAACGUCGAUAACUCGACGCGUCAGGAAUGGGAUCAACACCGCGCAAAGAACUUGACAUGGUCCGUGCCCCAGGAUUGGUCCUCGGGCGACUACAUUCUCCGGGCCUUUGGCGGCGCGACAUAUCCAUGCACUGAAAACGGACAGCGGAAGUUCUGUCGGCUCCAACUUGAAGACCGUCAGAUCAUUCAUCUUCAACCCCUUCCGGCUGGUGCCACGUGUCCUGUGAAUGCGUUCCCCGAAAAUACAGAUCCUUCAACAGCAGAGUCUGAGGAUGGGAGUAGUAAUACUAGCGACGGCAAAGAGUCCGAGGGGUCGUUGAUGGAUAUGUUUGAUGUGGAUCGUUCGGAGGUGUUGAGGUUGUUGGGGGAGAAGGUUGGAGGGGUGCAUUUGGCACAGGAUGGGACGAUGAGUCUUGAGGACGGGAGUAGGGGGACUCCAACGGGAGCUAAUAGUGCGACGGAGAAGGCGGGGACGAUGACGUCGUCGAUGGUAUCUGGACAGACGUCCGUAGGUUUGGCGCAGAAACAGGGGCGGGAGCAAACGAAUCAUGCGGCGAAAGGGAAGUCGGGGAUGGCUGGAAAGUCGAACGUGGCGAGUGGUGUGGUGUUGAUGAUCGCGGCUCUGCUGUUUUAGGGUGAGGAUCUACAUUUGUUUCUGUCAAAUAGGGAUGACAGGAUGCCAUGCUCCACGAAGUAGGCAGACAACAUAUUAUCUUUUUGCAUCUUUCUUCCAUGAUAAAUGAUUUAUUGAUCUUGU